UGAUGGCCGUGCUUCCUGCGCGCCUCACCUCGACCUCCCCAAUUUUCCAUGGCGGCAGCGGCUGCUCACCUCCUCUCUUCCCCACCCGUCACAUCCGGCCUCCCUCCACGGCCUAGCCUAUGCCAUCACUGCCGCACCGGCACACGCCAGACCGAAGCUACCAGGAGCAUAUCCUGCCGCGCGACGCUUGGCGCCGAUGCCCCCCUGUCCGCGCUCGCCGCCCCCGGAUUGGCAGCAGCCACGGGGAGGACGUACCUGCGGGAGCACUCCUGCCUCCUCUUCCCGCCCCCGCGCGGCCGCCGACCGCUUGCCGUCGUCAAGUUUCUCGGCGGCGCCUUCAUCGGGGCAGUCCCCGAGGCCACCUACGGCUACCUGCUGGAGCUCCUGGCGCAGGAGGGCUUCCUCGUGGUGUGCGUGCCGUACAACGUCACCUUCGACCACGCGGCCGCCGCGCGGGAGGUCUUCCAGAGGUUCCACGGCUGCUACGACGAGCUCCUCGCGUCGGGGCUGCCGGAGGCCGGGCUAAGCGCAAUGGACAUCGCGGAGCUCCCGCUAUACUCCGUUGGUCACAGCAAUGGAGCGCUGCUUCAGCUGUUGGUGGGAAGCUACUUCUCGGAAAAGAUACCAAAGGCUAAUGCCAUUGUCUCAUUCAACAAUAGGCCCGCUUCAGAGGCUGUCCCUUACUUUGAGCAGAUAGGCCCACUAUUUAGUCAACUAAUGCCUAUGGUGGAGGCAUCACCUGUGUACUCCGUGGCAAGAGAUGCAUCAGGGGGUGUAUGGAAGGCUCUAUUUGAUUUAGCUGGAGGUUUGAUACAAGAGCAUGAUCGAGAUGCUAUGGCAUCUGUGAGCAAAUUUGUCGAUCAGUUACCCUCAGUAAUGAAUCAGGUUACAGAAGGUGUAUCUGAAUUCAAACCAACGCCGCCUGAGAACCGUGAAUUCUGCAAGAACUCCUACAGUGUACCGAAUACAUUAUUGGUGAAAUUCAGCGUUGAUGCUAUUGAUGAUACAGACAUAAUUGAGGACAUCUUGCAACCUCGGGUAGAAUCAAUUGGUGGACAAAUAAAGAAGGUCACACUGUCAGGAACACAUCUGACUCCAUGUAUACAGGAUGUUAAAUGGCAGGCUGGUUCACAAUACACUCCAGCAGAUGCUCUGGCCCAGGGUUUAAAAUCUUUGGCUCUCAAUGAGACCAGGGUCCUCUCAAGAACUAUCGCUGAUUGGUUCAGAUCCAUUUAGAAGCUUAGAUUCUUAAUUAUUGCAUGACCAUUGAAGUUCAGAAUGCUGCUUACGGAGGUAUGCAAUACUACUGUACCUA